UGCAGAUUUAGUCGCGAGCUGUCACGUGGAGUGUGUUUGUUUGUGUGCGCGCGCGAGCUCUCGGUUUCCGUUUACGGUCGGUGACAGGACACAGUGACAGCAGACAUGGCGAUCUUUACUCCCACCAACCAGAUCCGCCUGACCAACGUGGCGGUUGUGCGGAUGAAGAAAGGGGGGAAGCGAUUUGAGAUCGCCUGUUACAAGAAUAAAGUGAUCAGUUGGAGAAGCGGGGCAGAAAAAGAUCUUGAUGAAGUUCUUCAAACCCACUCUGUGUUUACAAAUGUGUCUAAAGGACAGGUUUCUAAGAAAGAAGAUCUUCUCAAAGCAUUUGGUACUGAAGAACACACAGAAAUCUGCAAGCAGAUUUUAGCCAAGGGGGAGCUGCAAGUGUCUGAAAAAGAACGAAGUACGCAAUUAGAACAAAUGUUUCGAGACAUUGCAACGAUAGUGGCAGACAAAUGUGUCAAUCCAGAGACAAAAAGACCUUAUACAGUCAAUCUGAUUGAGCGUGCUAUGAAAGAUAUUCACUACUCUGUAAAAGCUACGAAAAGCACCAAACAGCAGGCAUUGGAUGUUAUCAGACAGCUGAAAGAGACCAUGAAGAUUGAGAGAGCGCAAAUGAGAUUGCGUUUCAUCCUUCCAGCUAAGGAUGGGAAACGCCUGAAGGAGAAGCUGAAGCCACUUAUCAAGCAAGUAGAGAGUGAAGAUUUUAAUCAAGAACUGGAGAUGAUAUGUUUAAUUGACCCUGGCUGCUUACGAGAUAUUGAUGAACUCAUCCGCUGUGAGACUAAAGGAAAAGGCACCCUGGAAGUGCUCAGCUUGAAGGAGGUGGAAGAGGGAGAUGAAAGGCUGGAGUGAUAAGGCUCCCGAGCACCAUUAAAGAGAGCAGGCUUUAAUACCUCCUAACUAAUCAGCCUUUAUGUUUAGACCAAUUAUUCUCCACAAGUGGCUUCCUCUGCAAAAUAUCUGCAUUUCUGCCACGCUUGCUUUUGCAGUGAGGGUCUCUAUGUGUGCAGAUUUGGAUAAGUAACCAACUCUUUACUGUUGAUUGCUUUAAAGGUACACUACCAAGAAAAUGUUUGUAAGCACAGUCUAAAUUAUCAUCAAAUAGCUUUUAGGACAAUAUAUUUUGCUUUAAUGAAAUAACAUCUUGAAAUGUUUUCUGUACAGAAUAAUUGUCUUUAGUUCUCUGCUCCUGGUGUCUGCUAGUGAAUAUAUAAUAAAAUAUUAUCUGACUACAUUGCUGCAAAGGGAAUGACAGAGUCUAUUGAUUGAGGUCAAUUAUGCAUUUUUUGAGAGACUGUGUGUUUUUUUUUUUUUUUUAGUUUUUUUUUUUUUUUGUUAAACUGCGAGAUAGCAGACAGAAGAACCUUAAAGUACUUUUUAAACCCACAAAUGAAACUUGUUUUAUCGCCAUGGUGGUAGUUCUUGAAAUUGAGCUGUGAUUCUCCCACUCUCUAUGCAAAUGUUGGACUUGCACAAUGCCUAGUGCUACCAAAAACUAUAGAGAUAAAAAAAAGUAUAUAAAGCGUACAUACAAGUUUAAAAUAUUGUAUUGAUAAAAAAAAUUCUGGUUUUGAAUAUAUAGAUUUAUUUAUUUUUUUUCUUUAUGAAAGGUCAGUUUACACUAAACAUAUUGUGCCGAUAAAUGAACAUGCUCCUCUUUGCAUUUUUUUUAUGCAUUGUAAAUUGCCCUGUUAAUAAUUAUAUGAUAUGGUGGAAGUUUAUAUACCAUAACAUUUCGCAUUACUGUGAAUAUAUAGCGCCAACAUGUUGCAGCACAUUAGAUAAACAAAGACAAAAAAUGCUAACCCACAUUUGACAUAUAAGAACAGUAGGUGAAGAGAGAUUAUUUAGAAAAUUGGGCAGACUAGAUGGGCCGAAUGGUUCUUAUCUGCAGUCACAUUCUAUGUUUCUAUGUAAGAGAGCUUACAAUCUAACUAUGUAUUGCAGUUGCCAAAUCACAUGCAAAUCAUUUAAUUUCAAGUUUUGAACUUAUCCAUUUACUUCUUUGACAUUGAGGUGUAAUCUAUAGUUAUCGUAGUCAGUGGUGUGUGCAUGGAUCACAGAAUUCUUAUGUCUCAAUCUCAGAAUGCAUGCAUGUGGUAUGUAAUGUAUGUGCAGGUCUCUGAAUUCUUUCUCCAUCGGACGAGUUGGCAAUCGUUAUCUUUUUAGUAUUUACCCUGGCUUUUGCUAAUACAAUAUAUACAUGAAGUUGCCUUGUUUGCAUUUUAGUAGAUGGAAGGACAACUGUUAUUAAUUUACUGAAAUUUCAUUCGCCUAUUGUUUUUUUUUAAAGCAAAUUAUAUUAUUAAAUGAAAAGGUAAAAUGUGGGUGUUAUGCAUGCCAUGUGUAAAAAGACAUAGCAGGUGCUAAUGUUUGCGUUUUUGAAGAAAGUUAUAAUGCAAGCUAAAAAAAAAAAAAUUACAUUUGUGUCAUGUCAUCAAAGUUAAACUUUUCCAUUUUUUUUAUUUU